AUGUCCCAAUUCUUCCAGCAACCACCUCCAAACCAGCCAUACGGCGCACCCUCCGCGCAAAAUCUCCAGUUCUACCCAUCCUCAUACACGCCAAAUCCGGUCUCAGGACACGCAACACCCUCACAAGCUUCAUACGGCUAUGGCGCGCCAGCUGGCUCUCCAGGAUAUGGAGCCGGCGCAGGAUUCAAUUCUGGGUUUGGAGCAGCAGCGGGAGUGAGUGGGCGAAUGGGGGAACAAGGUGGAUUAAGGACUGGAUGGCUGGCUGCAUUUGGGACGGAGGGGUAUGAUGGAGAACCGCCAUUACUUGAAGAGCUAGGUGUAAAUUUUGCGCACAUACAGAGCAAGACAUUAGCGGUACUCAACCCACUGGCCUCGAUCGACCAGCACAUAAUGGACGACUCAGAUCUCGCGGGUCCAAUACUUUUCUUCCUCCUUUUCGGCACCUUCCUGUUGUUCUCUGGAAAAGUCCAUUUCGGGUACAUCUACGGACUCGCGCUUCUAGGCUCCACCUCUUUACACCUAAUCCUCUCACUCAUGUCACCACCUCUCGAGUCCUCUUCCUCCCCACAGCAAACACAAUCGUCACAUUUAUCAAGCACUCUUACCUUCACAAGAUCCGCUUCUGUACUAGGAUACUGCCUAUUACCACUAGUCUUGACAAGUUUGGUCGGUGUGGUGUUUCCAAUGGACGGCAUGUUAGGCUACGUGUUGACUAGUAUGGCUAUCGUAUGGUGCACGUACAGCAGUUCCGGCAUGUUCUGUGUAGUAGGAAGGAUGCGAGGGAUGAGAGGACUAGUCGCAUAUCCUCUGGCACUGUUCUACGUAGGAUUCGGAAUCAUGGGUAUUUUCUCGAGUAGAGGCAGUAAACUACCAGGCAAUCUCAAGGCAGGACUUUAA